UUCUGUGGGUAGUUGAGAGCCUCCGGAGCGAAAUCGAGGCCUUGUCUUGUGUUCUUAGUGCUCACUCUCUCUCUCUCUCUCCCCCCGGCUCUGUCUCUUCUCUCUUUCAAUCUACAUACAAAAAGAUGUAAGUUAAGGAUUCUUCUGUAUGAAUCCUGGAUCGUUUUAAGGUCCUCUGUGUUGAAUUAAAGUACAAUUUUGCAGAAUCAUCGAUGUCUGUGUUCUUGUCGUGGUUUGCAGAUUGGGUAGAGUCGUAAAACCCUUGAUGUUGCUCGAUUUGGACUGUUGAGGGUCUCGUUGUUGAAUUAGGUGAGUUUUAUCCUUGGAUCUGGGUGUUAUUAGCACGAAUCGAUUAGGGUUUUGAAUUUCGCGGCUUUCGGGUGGAAGUUUUAUUAGAAUUGAAAAGUUAGGGUUUGGGUGAAUGGCUUCGAAUCCUCUUCCAUUCCAGGUGGAGGAUAACACUGAUGAGGAUUUUUUUGACAAAUUAGUGAAUGAUGAUGAUGAUGAUGUGGACUUUAAAGUCGCCAACUCAUUGGCAUCUUCUGGCCCUAAUUUGACGGAUGGGAAUGAAUCCGAUGAGGUUAAGGCCUUUGCAAAUUUGAGUAUCAAUGAGUUUGAGAAUAAUGGUGAAGUUAAUUUUGACGAUAUCAGCGGUAGUAACAAGAGAGUUGAUGAUUUAAGUGCGGAAGUGGAAACGGUUGCACAGAUUAAUAAAGUGAAAACCGUGGAGGAGAUUGGAAAACCAUUAGUUCCAUCCAAUUCGUCCGGCUUCGAUAAUUUGACUCUAAAACCAGGAAAUGCCAAUCCCAAUGGUGCUGAAGUUUUGUCUGAGGGGGCAGUCGUGAGUAAAAGUACCGGUGAGGGUUUGUCUGAUGUGACUAGUGGUGGAUCAAUUGCUCCUGGAGUUAAGGAAGUUGAAUGGAGUGCAUUUCAUGCUGAUUCAGCUCAGAAUGAUAGCAAUGGAUUUGGAUCAUAUUCAGACUUUCUCAGCGAAUUUGGAGGGGACAAUGCUGGUGAUGCAUCAGGGAUUAUGGUGAGGGGAAGUUUGAAUAAUGGGCCAGAGGUUUCUAUUGGGAAUGAUGUAUAUGGAUCCACUUCCGCUGGCUACUCGAACAACUAUGGGCUGUAUAAUGAGGCAUAUAAUGAUAUUGCAGCAGAUCAGAGCUCAAAUAUGCAGGAUCUGAAUAGCACUCAGUAUUGGGAGAACCAGUAUCCGGGUUGGAAGUAUGAUCCAAAUACUGGAGAGUGGUAUCAGGUUGAUGGUUAUGAUGCAGCUGCAAGUGUGCAAGCAAAUGUUGACUCUAAUAUAUCUUCUACUUGGGGAGUGACAGACGGGCAGGCCGAGUUGUCUUAUAUGCAGCAAACUGCACAAUCUGUCGUUGGGUCUGUGGCUAAGGCUGGUACAACAGAGAGUGUCACUAAUUUGAAUCAAGCGUCUCAGGCGAGUGAUGCUACAGAAUCCGCGACUAACUGGAACCUGGUUUCAGAAAUGAGUAGCAACAGCAAUGCGGUUCCAUCAGACUGGAAUCAAGCUUCUCAUGACAAUAAUGGUUACCCACCUCAUAUGGUUUUUGAUCCUCAGUAUCCUGGCUGGUAUUAUGAUACCAUUGCCCAGGAAUGGCGCACUUUGGAGUCAUACCCUGCAUCAGAUCAGUCUACUGCCCAAGUUCAGGACCAAAUUAACCAGGAUGGAUAUGGAACAUCGGAUAUGUUUUCUGCGAACAAUGAUCAGAGAACAUACAGUGCACAUAAUCAAGGUAAUAAUUACGUUUCUCAAGGCUUUGGUAGCCAAGGUCAAGAUAUGAAUGCCGGAUCAGUCAGCAACUACAAUCAACAGAGCUCCAGAAUGUGGCUACCAGAAACUGUUGCCAGUAGUGAAGCUACUUUACCAUACAGUGAAAACCACAUAACCGAAAAUCACUAUGGCGAAAAUGUUUCUGUGAGUGCUCAUGGAAGUCAACAGAUAUCUGGGGUAAAAGGUUCAUAUUAUGAGAAUCUAAGUCGAGGUCAGAACGACUUUUCCAUGGCUUCACAUUCGGUUGGUCGGAACUUGGGUCCACAUUUCAGCGAUUCACAAAUCAAUCAAAAUGACCAAAACCAUUUUCUGAAUGACUACUACAGCAAUCAAAAUCCACUCAACUUUUCACAGAUUCAGAGUGCUCAAAUCUCCUAUGCUUCUGCUUCUGGAAGGUCGUCUGCUGGUCGUCCUGCACAUGCUUUAGCUGCUUUUGGUUUUGGUGGGAAGCUCAUUGUGAUGAAACACAAUAACACUUCUGAAAAUAUGAAUUUUGGAAGUCAGAAUCAUGGCGGAGGCUCAAUAUCUGUCCUAAACCUAGUAGAAGUCAUGAAUACCAAUAUUGAUACUUCAAACCAUGGAAUGGGUGUCAGCAAUUAUUUCCAGGCUCUGUGUCGGCAAUCCCUUCCUGGUCCUCUUACCAGUGGAAGUGUUGGCAGUAAGGAGUUGAACAAAUGGAUUGAUGAGAAAAUGACAAAUCUCGAGUCUGCUGAUAUGGACUACAGAAAAGCUGAAAUUUUGAGAUUGCUCCUAUCGCUGCUUAAAAUAGCCUGUCAGUAUUAUGGAAAACUUCGAUCUCCUUAUGGCACAGAUGAUGUAUUGAAGGAAAGCGAUGCUCCAGAAUCAGCAGUUGCUAAACUGUUUGCAUCUGCUAAAGGGAAAGGUUCGCAGUUUAGUCAAUAUGAUGCUGUUGCCCAAUGCUUGCAGCACCUGCCAUCCGAAGAACAAAUGCGGGUCACUGCUGCGGAGGUCCAAAAUCUUCUUGUUUCUGGAAGAAAGAAAGAUGCCUUACAGUGUGCGCAGGAUGGUCAGUUGUGGGGUCCUGCCCUUGUUCUUGCUGCACAACUUGGUGAUCAAUUCUAUGUUGAAACUGUCAAGCAAAUGGCACUUCGCCAGUUGGUAGCAGGAUCACCUUUGCGAACAUUAUGCCUUCUAAUUGCUGGUCAACCAGCUGAUGUGUUUUCAGCAGAUAGCACAGCUAUAAGCAGCAUGCCUGGUGCUUUAAAUAUGCCUCAGCAACCAGCGCAGUUUAGUGCCAAUUGUAUGCUGGACGACUGGGAAGAAAAUUUGGCGGUGAUAACUGCAAAUAGAACAAAGGAUGAUGAACUUGUGCUUAUCCAUCUUGGAGAUUGUUUGUGGAAGGAAAGAAGUGAUAUAAUUGCUGCUCACAUAUGCUAUUUGGUUGCGGAAGCUACCUUUGAGCCAUAUUCAGACACUGCAAGAUUGUGUCUUGUUGGUGCAGAUCACUGGAAAUACCCACGGACUUAUGCAAGUCCAGAAGCAAUUCAGAGGACGGAGCUAUACGAGUACUCGAAAGUGCUUGGAAACUCUCAGUUUGUGCUGCUCCCAUUUCAACCAUAUAAGUUUGUAUAUGCACUCAUGUUGGCAGAAGUUGGGAGGAUGUCUGAGGCGUUAAAGUACUGUCAGGCAGUAUCAAAAUCUCUUAAAACCGGUCGAACGCCGGAAGUUGAGACUCUCAGACAUUUAGCUUCAUCUCUUGAGGAAAGGAUCAAAGCUCAUCAACAGGGAGGAUUCUCCACAAACUUAGCACCCAAGGAAUUUAUUGGCAAACUGCUCAACCUUUUCGAUAGCACUGCACAUCGUGUUGUUGGGGGCCUGCCACCAUCUGUACCAACAGCUGGUGGCACUUUGCAUGGUAAUGAGAAUAAUCACCAAUCAGUUGGGCCUAGAGUAUCAACUAGUCAAUCAACAAUGGCUAUGUCAUCAUUAGUGCCUUCUCAAUCCAUGGAGCCUAUAAGUGCGUGGUCAGCUGAUGGCAACAGAAUGGCUAUGCAUAGUAGAAGCGUUUCAGAACCCGACUUUGGAAGAAGUCCAAUGCAGGCUCAGCCUGAGUCAUUGAGGGAAUCAAGUUCCACAGGAAAGCAAGAGAAAGCAUCAGCAGGCAGUACAUCUCGCUUUGGUCGUCUUAGUUUUGGAUCGCAACUGUUUCAGAAGACUGUUGGUUUAGUACUCAAACCCCGUCAAGGGCGCCAGGCAAAACUGGGUGAAACAAAUAAGUUUUACUACGAUGAGAAACUCAAGAGAUGGGUGGAGGAGGGUGCUGAACCUCCAGCAGAAGAAGCAGCUCUUCCACCACCUCCGACAACCGGCGUCUUUCAGAAUGGAACUUCAGAUUACAACCUAAAGAGCGCAUUGCAAAGUGAAGCUUCUCAUAGCAAUGGAAGUCCCGAGUUCAAAACCCCAAGUUCGCAGGAUAAUAAUUCCGGAAUGCCACCCCUUCCUCCCAUGACCAAUCAAUACUCAGCGCGUGGAAGGAUGGGUGUCCGGUCUAGGUAUGUUGAUACCUUUAACCAAGGUGGUCGGAACACAGCAACAGCAUUCCAGUCGCCUUCUGUUCCUUCCGUUAAAACAGCAAGUGGAGUCAACCCAAAAUUCUUUGUGCCCACACCAGUAUCUACUAUCGAGCAGCCGGUUGACGGUCCUGUAAAUAGCAUGCAGAACACUUCGUCUAGUAAUGAAAAUCCUUCUAUCUCUCCUCUACAUGAUUCAUUUGAGUCGCCUGCUCCUCCAUCUUCCACGACCAUGCAAAGAUUUGGGAGCAUGAACAAUCUCUCGCACAAGGAGGUGACUGAUAGUGGUUCAUUUCCUAUACAUUCCCGGCGCACUGCGUCAUGGAGUGGAAGCUUGACUGAUUCUUUGAGCCAUCGUCCAAAUAAAGCUGAAUUAAAACCUCUGGGAGAGUUAUUGAGUAGACAGCCAUUGUCAUCCACGCUAAACAACCCUUCCUUAGUUCACUCGGCAAUGAAUGGUGGCAGUUUUGGAGAUGAUCUACAUGAAGUGGAACUGUGAUAUCCCGUGGGAUGUAAAUAACAAAUUUUGCCGUACUUCCAUAAUCCUGCUCUAAUCUCACAAAUUGUCUGCAUGGAGAAAGGAUAUCCAGAUCUUUUCCUCUAUUAUCUUCUUCGUCCUAAUGUGUCCCUUACAUAUAAUUUUUCUCUUUUUACAUUUGUACUUUAAAUCUCAGCUGGUACUUAGUAUACUGUAUUUUAUAUAGAGAUGCUCUGGUCAUUGUGCAAAAUGAACAGCAUUCUGAUCGCUUAAAUGACGAUAGUGCAAACUGUACAGUUCAUUUGUUUAUUUAUUGAGGAACAGAAUCAGAACAUUACUGAUAGAAUAACGGUUGAAUAAGAAAUUUCUCUUUUGGGAUUGAAUUGA